CUUUACAACUCUCGUCAUGCUUCGACUGUCUCAAACUGUAACGAAAAAAACGCCACGAAACGCCUUUGGAAGAUUAAUAGCUUGCCGCCAAGCUUCUAUAGCAACGUUAAGCAGCAAAAGCAGUGCUGUUUCUCAUGUCAGAGCUCUCACUUUUUAUACUACCGCGUAUUCGGCAAAACAAGAGCUAAUGUCAAAACUAGGGCUUUUCCAAUUAUCAAGGAGGUUUUACAAUGGUGGAACACCUGGACAACAAGGUUUUCGCUUGAAUCCUAACCAAGAGCAAGAGCAACAAAAACCCCUUGAACAAUUUGGAAUUGACCUUACAGCUAUGGCAGUAAAAGGCAAGCUAGAUCCUGUUAUCGGUAGAGACGAAGAGAUUAGACGUACUCUUGAGGGUUUGGCUCGGCGUACCAAAAAUAAUCCAGUGUUAAUUGGUGAAGCAGGAGUCGGAAAGACGGCUAUAGCCGAAGGGCUUGCUCAACGUAUAGUUGCCAAUGAAGUGCCGGAAUCAAUACAGGGAAAACGCGUCAUUGCUCUUGACCUGGGUGCUUUAGUUGCCGGUGCUAAAUAUCGUGGUGAAUUUGAAGACCGUUUGAAAGGUGUUUUGAAGGAAGUGUCAGAAUCAGAAGGAAACGUUAUUCUGUUUGUCGACGAAAUCCAUACACUAUUAGGAUUAGGUAAAUCCGAAGGAGCCAUGGAUGCUAGUAAUUUAUUGAAGCCUGCUUUAGCUCGUGGCCAAUUAAGAUGCAUUGGUGCCACUACCAUUGAUGAGUAUAGAAAAUACAUCAUGCAAGAUCCAGCAUUAGCACGUCGUUUCCAACAAGUCAUGAUUGCAGAGCCUACUGUUCAAGAUACCAUUUCCAUAUUACGUGGACUGAAAGAGCGCUAUGAAGUUCAUCACGGUGUCCGUAUUUCAGAUGCUGCCAUUGUCGCAGCUGUACUCCACUCUCAUCGCUAUAUCACAGAUCGAUUUUUACCAGAUAAAGCCAUCGACUUGAUUGAUGAAGCGUGUUCCAAGCUACGCCUUCAACAAGAAAGCAAGCCAGAGCAGCUAGAGAACUUAGAUCGACAAAUCAUGACACUGCAGAUAGAACUCGAAAGUUUGCGAAAGGAAACGGAUGUUAUGUCUGUAGAGCGCCGUAACAAAUUACAGGGAGAAUUAGAAGACAAACAAAAAGAAAGCGAAAGACUAAAUGAAGUGUGGCAAAAGGAACGCACUAAAUUGGACGAAAUAAAAAAGAUAAAGGAAGAUUUGGAAAAGGCUCGCGUCCAACUGGAAAUGGCUCAACGGUCGGGCAACUAUCAACGUGCCAGUGAAUUACGAUAUGGUGUUAUUCCCGACCUUGAAAAGCAAUUGCCUACUGAUACAGCCCAAGAAGAAGAGAAUGCUGAAGAGUCCUUCAUCCAUGAAAGAGUAACCUCAAAUGAUAUUGCCCGUGUCAUUUCCCAUAUGACCGGCAUUCCUGUACGUAAUCUAAUGAAGGGUGAAAGAGAAAAAUUACUGCAUAUGGAAGAUGUAUUAUCCAAACGUGUAGUGGGUCAGCAGGAAGCAAUUACAGCUGUUUCGGAAGCUGUUCGUUUGAGUCGUGCUGGUCUGCAAAAUCCUAGUAAGCCCAUUGCCUCUUUCUUAUUCUUGGGUCCCACAGGUGUUGGUAAAACGGAACUGUGUAAAUCAAUUGCUCAAUUUUUAUUCGACACUGAAAGUGCCAUUGUGCGUGUCGAUAUGUCCGAAUACAUGGAGAAGUUCAGUGUGAGCCGUUUGAUCGGCUCUCCACCUGGUUAUGUUGGACAUGAAGAAGGUGGCGAGCUUACUGAAGCAGUUCGUCGUCGGCCUUAUGCGGUGGUAUUGCUGGAUGAAAUGGAAAAGGCUCAUCGUGAUGUAUCUAAUAUUCUGUUGCAAGUUUUAGAUGAUGGUGUGCUGACAGACUCAAAAGGACGAAAAAUCGAUUUCCGUAAUACCAUCAUUAUUAUGACAUCGAACUUGGGUGCUGAAUCACUGGUUAACGACUCUAAUGAUGGAAGAGUUGUUAGCAUUCGUGCAAAAGAAAAUGUGUUAGACGCUGUUCGCCGCAGUUUUGCUCCUGAAUUUGUCAACAGAAUUGAUGAAAUGGUAAUAUUCAACCGACUUUCCAAGGAAGCUUUAAGAGACAUUGUAGAUGUUCGACUUAAGGAAAUAGAAGACAGAACAGCAGAUAGACGUAUUAAAAUUGAUGUGGAUCCUGAAGCCAAGGAUUGGCUAGGUGAACGAGGAUAUGAACCUGCGUAUGGCGCAAGACCGCUUAACCGCUUGAUUCAAAAGAAACUCUUGAACCCUCUCGCACGACUUUUGAUCGACGGUGGUGUUCGCUCAGGUGAAACCGCUAAAGUGACGGUCGAUAAACUGCCGAAUGGUGAAACAGAUUUGGUCGUUCAACGCAAUCAUGCACCGGGUACUGCUGUUACUGAAGAAGAAAACUUGACGAAACGACAUAUGGCUCCAGUCGGCGAUGAAGAAGAUUUGCUAGAAGAAGGACAAAGUAAAGGAGAUAAGCACGAUUAAAAACGGAAUAGCUACAAUAAAAAUAUAGUUUGUUGUAAUUCAAACACUUCAAUUUCCAGCUAAGAAAAUUUUACUUCCGGGAGCGGGAGGGUAAUCCGCUGUGAUUGAUUUUCCCGCAUUAAAUGAAAAAGUAUCACAGUUUUCCGAGUUAUCCCAGAGCUUCUUAUUUCAC